AUGCUUAAUAUGAGCUACGACGAUUACGGCAAUUCAAACCCUUACUAUGAAGAUACCGGCGCAGGCGGCGGUGGCUUCUUAUCGAAUUCACAAGGCGGCGGAUACAGCCAAGGAAGUCCUUCUGCCAACAGGAAGGACGAUGAUACUCUCAGACCAGUCACAAUAAAACAAGUCCUCAACGCUAAGCAGCCUCAUGCUGAUUUCCCUUUUCAAAUCGAAGGCCACGAUGUUUCACACGUUAAACUUGUCGCUCUGGUUAGAUCUAUUGGCUCACAAACUACGUCAGCCGUCUACUCGUUAGAAGACGCUACUGGCACUAUUGAUGUCAGAUACUGGAAAGAUGUUGAGUCUGAAUCUGAAACCCCAGGGAGCGCUCAUCAAAAUCAAUACGUGCGGGUCGUUGGUAGCUUGAAAUCUUUCGCCAAUAAGCUCCAAAUCACCGCUCAAGUCGUAAAACCAAUCACAGACUUCCAUGAAAUCUUCUACCAUAAAGCUGAAGCUUUGGCUGUCACUUUACAGCUCCGCAAAGGCACAAAUACUCUCAUGUCUGAAUCAAAACCCUCAGCAACUUACGGUCAACAGAGCUCUUCCGAACCAAACUACAUGAAACCAUAUGCUGAGUUCCCACCGCUUCACAAAUCCGUCAUGAAAGCUAUCUAUGAAGAGUCAGAUAAAAGUCCACAAGGUGUACAUGUCGCCCGUAUCGCUCAACAUUGUCCAAAAGGCGAUGAAGCUUUGACCGAAGCUAUUGAGUAUCUUAUUAGUGAGGGUCACUUAUUCACUGGCGAGGAUGAUGAGCACAUAUUGCCUGUAACCCAUGAUUCUUAG